GCCGGGCCCCGCCUCGGGGGCGGAGCCCGCGCGGGGUGUCGCUGCCGGGGCAAGAUGGCUCGGGACGGCGCAGCUGCAGCCCGGGAGCCGCGGCGACGCGGAGCGCGCGGCCCGCAGGCCCAGCGCCGGGAGCAGGAGGCGGAUUCUGACUUUGAAGAUGAGAAACCUGCCAAGAAGCGCCCGCCGGCCAGGGUCUCCCCAGGAAAGAGGAAGAGGGGCCGCCGUGACCCGGGGGUCCCAGCAGACGGCCCCGCACAGAAGAAAGUGGCCCAGAAGACUGGGAAGGCCGCCAGGCCCCAGGUGGCCGGGGAGGAGGGUCGGCACAGGGCACCCCCCAGGCCCCGCCAGAAGGCCCAGCGCCCCAGGAGCGAGACGCCGCCUGCGGACACGGGCAGCCUGGACGGAGAGGAUGAGGACGAGGACGAGAGCGAGGAUGACUGGGAGGAGGUGGCGGAGCUGGCCGAGGCGGGGCCCGAGCCUGCAGGAGGGAGCAUGGCCUUUUCCAGCCCCGCGGAGCCCGUGGAGAUCGAGAUCGAGACGCCGGAGCAGGCGAAGGAAAGAGAAAGGAGUGAAAAGCUGAAGACGGAGUUUGAGACCUACGUCCGGAGGAUGAUGAAGCGUUUCAACAAAGAAGUGCACGAGAACACGCACAAGGUCCACCUCCUGUGCCUGCUGGCCCGCGGCCUCCAGCGCAACCGCGUCUGCUGCCAGCCCGACCUCCUGGCCAUCGGCCUGUCCAUCGUGCCCGCCAGCUUCACCAAAGUGCCUCCCCGGGACGUGGACAUCCGCUACCUGUCCAACCUGGUGAGGUGGUUCAUCGGCACCUUCACCGUGAACGCCGAGCUCUCCACUGACGACCACCACGACCUGCAGACCACCCUGGAGAGGAGAUUCGCCAUCUACGCCGCCCGCGACGAGGAAGAGUUGGUCUACCUCUUCCUGCUGAUCCUGCGGGCCCUGCAGCUGCUGAGCCGCCUGGUCCUGUCCCUGCAGCCCAUCCCGCUCAAGGUCACGGCCGCCAAGGGAAAGAAACCGGCCCAGGAGGGACGCGCAGACAGUGCCGCGGGCUCCCCCGCAGCCCCCAGCCCCGUGGCUGGACACCAGCUCAAACCGGAGGCGGCCGGACCAGGGGGCAGUGGCCGGCCCCGUGCCAAAGGGAAGAGGAGCAAGACCUCCACGGCCGGCAGGAAACGGGGUACCGCAGCCUCCAGCGGGGAGGAGGAGGAGGAGGAGGACGGGGAGCAGGAGGGAGCCCGGAGAGCACGGCGCGGCCGGGAGCGGCGGGCAGCCGCCAGGGUGUCCUACAGAGAGGAGAGCGGGAGCGACGCGGCGGGCAGCAGCUCGGGCGAGGAUGCCCGGCCCAGCCGGCCGCGGAAGCGGAGGCCAAAGGCAGAGUCCUCCAGCGACUCCCGCAGCCCCCCGCCAUCCCCGGGCCUGCCCGCGGCUGCCACGGGCCCCGCAAGCAGCAGGAGGGGCCGGGCCGCGGCCAGAGGGGCCCCGGGGCCCGGGACGGACCAGUGGCUGGAGGUGUUCUGCGAGCGGGAGGAGAGGUGGCUGAGCGUGGACUGCGUGCACGGCGUGGUGGCCGAGCCCCGGGCCUGCUACCAGCACGCCACCAAGCCCGUGACCUACGUGGUGGGCAUCGACAGCGACGGCCACGCCCGGGACGUCACCCAGAGGUACGACCCCGUCUGGAUGACGGUGACCCGCAAGAGCCGCGUGGACGCCGAGUGGUGGGCAGAGACCUUGAGGCCGCACCGCAGCCCCCUGGUGGAGAGGGAGAAGAAGGAGGACCUGGAGUUCCAGGCUAAGCACCUGGACCAGCCCCUGCCCACUGCCAUCGGCACCUACAAGAACCACCCGCUGUACGCCCUGAAGCGGCACCUGCUCAAGUACGAGGCCAUCUACCCCGAGACGGCCGCCAUCCUCGGCUACUGCCGCGGGGAAGCCGUGUACUCCAGGGACUGCGUGCACACGCUGCACUCCAGGGACACGUGGCUGAAGCAGGCGCGAGUGGUGCGACUGGGAGAAGUGCCGUACAAGAUGGUGAAGGGCUAUUCCAACCGGGCCCGGAAGGCGCGCCAGGCCGAGCCCCAGCUGCGCGACCAGAACGACCUGGGCCUGUUCGGCCGCUGGCAGACGGAGGAGUACCAGCCGCCUGUGGCCGUGGACGGCAAGGUGCCCCGGAACGAGUUUGGGAACGUUUACCUCUUCCUGCCCAGCAUGAUGCCCGUGGGCUGCGUCCAGCUGCAUCUGCCCAACCUGCACCGCGUGGCCCGCAAGCUGGACAUCGACUGUGUCCCGGCCAUCACUGGCUUUGAUUUCCACGGAGGCUACUCCCACCCCGUGACGGACGGCUACAUCGUGUGCGAGGAGUACAAAGAUGUGCUGCUGGCCGCCUGGGAGAACGAGCAGGCGCUCCUUGAGAAGAAGGAGCAGGAGAAGCGAGAGAAGCGGGCCCUGGGGAACUGGAAGCUGCUGGUCAGGGGACUGCUCAUCCGGGAGCGGCUGCGGCGGCGCUACGGGGCCAAGAGCGAGCCCGUGGCCCCCCACGCGGAUGCCGGAGGGGGACUGUCGUCAGAUGAGGAGGAGGGCACCAGCGCCCAGGCUGCGGCCAGGAUCCUGGCUGCCUCCUGGCCCCAGAACCGCAGGGCCGAAGAGGAGCAGAAGCCGGAGCAGCCCAGGACCAAGAGGGGGAGGAGGGCGGCCGAGUCCCAGCUCUUUCCUUUCGAGAGACUGUGAGUGGCACAGCCACCUCAGGCCACGCCGCCGGGGGUGCCCGGGGUCGGGGGGGGGCCUCUUCCAAGAGGCCACGGAGCUGGGGACAGCUCUGCUGGUCGCCCUGGGGGACAGCCAGCCGGCGUGAGCCCGGACCUCGUCCCUCCCCGCUUGGGGAACAGAAUCUGCUCAGGACACUGGUGCCUGCGGGCCCAGCCCUUCCCCGCGGCCGCCCCUUCCUCUGCUGCCCCCAGAGCCCCGCCCCACACUCAGGUUCACUGGCGCUGCCCUGGAAUGGGGGAGCACUGGAGGAGGAGGCCCUCCCGGGGGGGGUUUCAAGCAUCUCCAAGAACAAAGCUGAAUCCGAAAAGGUGAGCCCGGGAACGUCGCGUCGGCGCAGUGAGUCAGGGCUGACCAAAAGGGGGUCCGGACACACCCCCAGAGCUGUGAGCUGUGGAUGUCCAGAACUUUCCAUCACAACUAAGAACGAAAUAAAGCUUUUUUCCUGCAAGAGGCCCGCCCGGGACUGUGCGAGGGGAGGGAUCGAGCCUGCGCG